ACUGUCAUCAGUAAAGUCAUCGCAGAAUCCAGCGAGGUGAAUCGAAGAUGGAUUUGCGAGGGCUUGCUAGCCUUGUGAAUUUCUUAAGUAAAGCUGCUUUGUUCUGUCUCCUUCAUCUGGCAAGUACUGCAAGUGAAUCAGUGACUCCAUCUUUGUGCCCCGUGGAAACUUUUUUAGAGACGAAACUGUACUGUGUAGCGGACUGUGGCCCUGGCUACUAUGGAGACACCUUAACAAACACCUGUCAAAAGUGUUCCUCCAAAUGCAAGACGUGUCGGAACGGCGAACUGAAUGACCUUUGUACAAGUUGCAAUCCUCCAUUUUAUCUCCAAGACACAUCUUGCGUCCGAACUUGUGCUGACGGUCUCCUCACUAAAGGUCCGCCAAUUACUCAGAUUAGACUAGUGGGCGGAAGUAACCACUUCGAAGGCCGAGUCGAAAUUAAUCACGACGGGGUCUGGGGCACAGUUUGCGAUGAUUCCUGGGAUAUCCAAGACGCCAACGUUGUAUGUCAGGAGUUGUUACUAGGAAAAGCACAGGAGCCCGUGAAAAUGGGGAGACUGGGGAAAGGAAAAGAUUCACAGCCCAUUUGGCUAUCAAAGGUAAACUGCACGGGAUCUGAGACGCGCUUGGAAAGAUGCAAUCACGAUGGGUGGGGUAACCACACGUGCAGCCAUUUUGAAGAUGCCGGUGUGCGGUGUGCAGGGCCUGAUACAACCAGGGAGUGUGUCGGUAGCUGUGGGGAUGGCUACUAUCAGAAGGUUGGCAAGCGACAGUGCGCCGCAUGUUCUCCAAGCUGCCUCACGUGUGAAGAUACCCCAACAACAUGUACCAGCUGCGACCCCUCACGAUUUCGAAAAGACAAAAGCUGCGUAAGAACGUGUGGACCAGGUUUCUAUGGUGACACUUCUGAUGGGCAAUGCAAACGAUGUGACCUCAAUUGCCGGACAUGCGCAGACGGAAGGUCGUUCUCUUCUUGUACAACAUGCCCGGAUGAUCGGUACCUUAAAGGAGAUCAGUGCUUAGUGAGUUGCGCUCCAUCGUUCGUUGGCGAAAGACGACGGAUACGCCUUGCUGGAAUUAACUCCACUGAGCUCGAGGGCCGAUUGGAAGUUUUUGUCAGUGGAGCAUGGAGCACGGUUUGUGGCAAGCUGUUUGAUUUUCCUGAAGCUACUGUAGCCUGCCGACAGCUUGGGCUUGGAGGCGCUUUACGAGCUGUUAAGAAAACUGUGUACGGGUUUGGAAGGGGCUCAGUAUGGGCCAAUGACAUGAACUGCACUGGACGGGAAAGCAGUUUGUUCGAAUGCAAGAAUGCACCUCGUACAGGUGGCAGGCGCUGUUACCAUAGCAACGAUGUGGGAGUCGUUUGCACGGGGCCAAAAAGUGGUCCGCCUCAGACCAAUCAAUGCUUGAAGCAGUGCAGGCCAGGCUGGUUUAAGAACGAUGUCGACGUUUGCGAGUUAUGUGACGCUCAGUGCUCCGAAUGCCUGGGAACCAGCUCUCGAUGCACAAAGUGCAAAGCCCCGAAAGUCUUAAAUAAUAAUACCUGCAUUGAUAAAUGUCCUGCUGGCGAGUACGGCCAUCUUCCUUCCAGGGAAUGUCGCAAAUGUGACACUACCAUAUGCGUGACGUGUGCCGACGGAAGUGAUCCGAAGAAUUGCACUUCGUGCAAGGUUCCGAACGCGUUAAAGGGUGGCAAAUGCGAAUCGGGCUGCGGCCCUGAUUUGUAUCAAAAAGACGGUGUCUGUGUAAGCGACUGUGGUAAUUCAUUUUACAAGUUUGAUAAGAACUAUUCCUGUCUCGCUUGCCCGUCUAAAUGUUUGCAGUGUACAUAUCUCAGCGCUAACGACACUCCACAAUGUACAGUGUGCACACCGCCCCUGGUCUUUGACAACAACGCGUGUCUCCAAAACUGUACUGGUGCAAAGGUUGCUGUACCUGUCAUACCUAAGAUUUCGAACGAUAAGUCUCCAAAUGGAGCGCUGGUACGACUGAGUAACGGAUCAGACUAUUUGGAAGGCGUGCUGGAAGUCUUUCACCAGGGAGUUUGGGGAACUGUUUGUGAUGAUGGAUGGGAUGACAGAGAGACCUCCGUGGUGUGUAGAGAGCUUGGCCUCGGAACUGCAGACUCUGGUGCGUCACUCACUCACAUCCCAAGACAAUCCUCGGAGUUACCUAAUGGUAAACUUUGGCUUGACGAUGUUUUCUGCACAGGCAACGAGAAAACUCUCCACGAAUGUCGUCACAGUCCAUGGGGCCAAACUAACUGUAGACACGAGGAAGAUGCAGUACUUCGUUGCUCGGGACCCGGUGUGAGGACCUGCCAGCCAAAGUGCCCGGACGGCUUCUACCAAAACGCCGGAAAAGCGUGCUCUCAGUGCAAUGUCUCGUGUAGCACGUGCGUUGGUACUGCCGACAAUUGCCCAACUUGCUCAACCGGUUAUUACAAGAAGAACUACACGUGCGUGGCCGAAUGUGGGCGUGGUUACUAUCUUGCAGGUGACACAUGCCUUAAAUGUAACGCCACGUGCGGCAGCUGCGAAGUAAAGCCAGAUAACUGCACGUCAUGUGAUCCACCCAGGUACAAGAAAGACUCGAGUUGUGUGACAGAUUGUACGCCUUUGUACAAACCAACUACCAUACCACAAGUACGUCUUGUUAAUGGCCCGACGUCGUUUGAGGGACGCGUUGAGGUUUAUCACAACGGCAAGUACGGCAGCGUUUGUGACGAUUCCUGGGACAUCAAAGAUGCCAAUGUUGUCUGCAGAAUGCUAGGGAUGGGAAAUGCUACGGCUGCUACUGUACGAGCGAAGUAUGGUCAAGCGGUGGGCGAUGUCUGGAUGGACGAUGUAAAUUGCACCGGAGAAGAACCUUCAUUGAUUAGCUGCCCAUUCAGUGGCUGGGGAAAUGAAAACUGUGACCACGCCGAGGAUGCUGGAGUAGUCUGCCAAGGUCCGAGUAGCACCCAGGAUUGUCUUUCUGUGAGUGACUGUGACCCAAAGAAUGGAUCCUUUCUUGAUUCUAAAAACGGGUGUGGAACAUGCAGUAUAAAUUGCCUAACCUGCUCUGGGAAUUCUGAAAACUGCACCUCGUGCCCACCAGAAACGUUUCUUAACAAGACAGGGAACGCGACGUAUAAUUGCGUGACGUUUUGCUUAGAGCGUUACUUUCCAGACCCUGUCACGCGCAGUUGCAUGCCAUGUGACCAGGAAUGCUACAACUGCGACGCACGUCGUGACAACUGCACCUCGUGCGAUGCAAACAAGUUUCUUAGGCAAUCAAAAUGCGUUCAAAAGUGUCAGGAUAACGAGAUGACACUUCAAGGCGUGGACGAUAUUCGUCUGGUUGGCGCAAACUCAUCCGUUGAGGGUAGAGUCGAGGUUUUUCACGACGGGGAAUGGGGAACGGUUUGCGAUGACUCCUUUGAUCUCAAUGAUGCGCACGUGAUUUGCCGACAACUGAAGCUGGGAAAGGGCGUGGAAGCUCGCUCCAGGGCCAAAUAUGGGCAGGGAACUGGAAAGAUUUUGAUUGAUGAUCUGCAAUGCACUGGGACUGAAAGGAAUAUAAAGGACUGCCAAAUGAGAGCCGGUGGAAUUGGAGCUCACAACUGCAGACACACAGAAGAUGCCGGAGUCAAGUGCGCAGGUCCAGAUAUGUCUCUCAAAUGUGUAUCUUCUUGUGGCGCUGGUUUUUUCGUAGGGAAAGGAAAAAGGUGCGAAAGGUGCGCUUUGAAAUGCAAGACCUGCAGUGGAAAGGCAUCUUCGUGUAAAAGCUGUGAUUUUCCCUUCUUUUACACCGCCUCGGAUUGCGUGACAAAGUGCCUGCCUGGUUUCUAUGGCAACGUCAAAGAGCGUUUAUGUAAACCCUGCGACAAAAUCUGCCAGACGUGCUCGGAUGGGGAGGCUGGAGACAAGUGCAGGUCGUGCCCAAAUGGUUUAUUUCUUAAUGGCAGUGCCUGCAUCAAAGAUUGCGGAAAUCUUCGUUCCGUGUCAUCACUGUUUCUUCCAAAACCAUCGCAACCUGAGGUCCGACUAGCUGGAGGCGGUGUAGGAGAGGGUCGCGUAGAAGUGCUUUAUGAUGGAGUCUGGGGAACUGUUUGCGAUGACGACUGGGACAUAACCGAUGCAAACGUUGUUUGCAGGGAACUUGGAUUUGGGAAGGCAAAACAGGCAACAAAACAUUCCAGUUUUGGCAAGGGAAGCGGUAUCAUAUGGAUGGAUGACGUUAGCUGUGUUGGCUUUGAGUCUUCGCUGACCCAUUGUCGUCAUUUGGGCUGGGGAUUAGGCAACUGCGAUCCAAGCCACGGCGAGGACGCUGGUGUAGUGUGUGACAAUACAACUGUGGAGGAACUCAGCAAUAACUUCUGUAGGAAGGUCAAUGUUGGUUCAUGCGAUGAACUACAGGUGUGUGACAGUCACGCGAAAGUCACGUGUGUGGACUUGGACCUGUAUACCCAGAAAGGAAUAGAAGAAUCCGUGUGUAUGCAAUGCCCGAAUGGUUACACGGGAGAUGGGCAGCAGUGCAGAGUUAUUGCCUCCACUCCCCCUGUGUUUGAUACAGUUCCCACGGAAAUGGUCGUCACUGUGAAAUUUCAAGAUGCGUUUAACCUGAAGUGUUCAUCCAGGCCUCCCAUUGUAUACCCAGCCGUGUGGGACUGGAAAAAGAACGGAAAACCUCUCUCUGCGGCUGGCAUAAGAUCAAAGAGGAUUACCUCUGCAUCCGGGACCUUGAUAGUGCGAUCCGCUGUCGCUGAGGACAGCGGUAAUUACACUUGCACGUUGGUAAACAGCGCUGGCUCAAUCGAGAGUAAGCCAGCGGUCGUUGUCGUGAAUGUCUCUCCUCAGAUUCCCGGAGUCCAAGCUGCAGACGUUGCCCAAGGCGAAACGGCAACUUUGGCUUGUUUAGUAUCCAGCUUUCCGCGGUCGAACAUAACAUGGCGAUAUAAGAGUCAAUUGCUCUUCUCCGACAACAAGAAAUACGAAAUCAUUGACAGCAACUACACUUUACUGGUCAAAAACGCUAGUUUCAAAGACGCUGGGGAUUAUGAGUGCGAGGCUAACAAUGAAUUGGGUAUGGCAGUAGCUUCUGCCAAGCUUACAGUAGGAUUGACGAUUCAAUACACAAAUAACUGGUCGCCGGAGAAAACUGCAAAGAAAGACCAAGAUGUUACGCUGCGCUGCUCUGUUAAAGCAUUUCCUAUUCCAAAUAUGGCUUGGAAGAAAGACGGAGAGCUGGUAACUAAUGACAGUCGACACGCGGUUACUCGGAGAGAGUUGAAGAUUCUUCAGGUCUCUGCAAAGGACAUGGGCAGGUAUUACUGCAUAGCGUGGAACCGAGGCACAGUCCAAGCCAAGAAAAUUCUGCUGUUGAUAACAGGACCUCCUGUAAUCGACAUCCCGCCGGUGGACAAGAAUGUUCUUACCGGAGCUAACGUGUCUUUCUACUGCGUUGGAUAUGCGGACCCAAAGCCUGAGAUUACGUGGGAGAAAAAUUCGGAAACAGUCGAGGCGUCGGAUAGGAUAGAACUCAGUCCCAUACAGGGAUCGGCCAGGCUUCGGAUUAACUCGGUCACGGUCGGAGAUUCAGGAACGUACGAGUGCAUAUAUAAAAAUAGCCACGGUGAAGCUCGGCGCUCAGCAGUGCUCACUGUGGACGGUCAAACGCGCGAGAAAGAACCUGUACAAACAGCGAAAUCACGUGGCCUCAGUACGGGAACGCUGAUAGGCAUCAUCAUUCCUGUUUUACUGGUUGUUGUCGUCGUCGUCGUCAUCAUCAUCUACAAAUGCAGAAAGUCUCCAUAUAGUCAAUUCAGUGGCGACAGGCUGAUUGACAAGCCAGCUCGAUUCUCCGACUUGAAAUCCAAAGUGCAGUCGACGUUUGGAAAAGCAGAAACGCCUUAUGAGGACACAACAGAGCCCUAUGAUGAAGAUGUUAACGGUGCCUCAGCAUGAAGCGAAAUGAAUGUAUGCUGAACUUAAAAGCUUUUAGAAAUAAACUGUAUAGCUGUUGCUUUAGGUCUCGUCCACAGUAUGCCGGAGAAACUUGAAAACGUUACGGUUAGGCCUACCGUCCACACUAAUCCGUCACGAAAGCGGAGCUUUUCAAAACC